UGAAGGGGAACUGAAAGUCCGACGUGUUUACAAGACUUGUAGCAGAAAGUGGACUUCAGUAAAACAUGUGAACUGUUGUAGACAGAUGCGUGACGACGUGUUUCCUCCUGAAAGCCUCUGAUCCUUCUUCACAACACACUCUGUGAAGCUGAGCUUGAUCUUGUUGGGAGCUACAAUGACCCUAAUAAAAUGAAGUAUGGGGGCUAUUCCCAGCACAUGUAAUUUGUGCACUGGAGGGGCUGAUUCGCGCUGCAAGGACAGGGACCAGCAACCAAUAAUUGAGAAUAAUGACAUAAAGAGGCGGAGCUCCAGCAGGAGAUGCAGCUCAGGAGAGACAGUUCCCUGUCCGACCUGCCAGGGCACUGGACGUAUACGCAGAGGUCAGGAGAGCAAGCUGGUGGCUGUCAUCCCCUGUAAUGACCAGAGGCUGAGGCCUAGACACACGAAGUUAUAUGUUGCUGUGUCUGUCGGUGUGUGCCUGCUGGUCAGUGCCCUUGUGCUGUUCUUCCUCUUUCCUCGCGCUGUCCUGCUGUCUCCAGUAGCUGUCAAAUCAUCCUAUGUUUACUUCACCGAUGAAGACGUCCUUAUUAACAUCACGCAUGUGUUGAACAUCACCAACCACAACUUUGCAGCGGUGCAGACCUAUAAUCUGUCAAUGCAGGCCCUCAACUUUCUCACAGUGGUGGGAACAGUGUCCAUUGAGAACGUCAUCUCUGUCAAACCUCUGUCCACUGCAACGUACACCUUCGUGAUCCCCAUCAAGCUCUCUGACUAUGAUUUGAGUAACUACUGUAAGAAAGCUUCCCUGCCUGUCCACAUCCUGUAUCUGCACAUGCAGAUGUCGAUGACAGUUUACUACCUGAUCCACUAUGAGCAGCUCUCUCUUGAGACGUAUGAGUACAUUGACUGUGGAGCAAACAGUACCAUACCACACCAGGUGCAGUCCCCUCCACCCUGAUGGAUGGAGCACAUGAGCAAACACUGAGGACAUCCUGUUUUUUUUCCAUGUACUGUGAUGCUAAAAUGUAUAUUGUACCAGAAUGUUGUUAGCGUUCACCCUUGAUGAAGAGGCCUGAAAUCUGAGCAAUGUUUUCCGGUCUAACCAUCUUUGGUUCACUUGACAUGAAGUCUGUUGCCCAAUUAGAACAGUCGGUUGUAGACUGGUGAGAAAGUUGUUAAUCAGACCCUGAUGUGGAUCAAACAACUGCACUGAGACCGUGUAAAAAGAGGAUCUCAGUCCAUUUCCAGGCAGAGUCAGGUGUUGGUCGUCUGUAGACUGAAUGCAAAUGGACCAACCUCAGUGCGUUGUGAACACAGAUUUUAGCAUGAAUUAAAAAACUAUACUGUUAAUUAAUCCAUCUGCUGUUUAUAAACUGUUGGGGAAGCAAGACAGAUAAAAUAUGUUUAUGUGAAUAAUUUGGUAAUAACACAUAUCUGUUUAAACCAUAGACUCUAAAUAAAUAUGGGUUACGUUAGCUCCUAAAAGUGAAGUCAAAAUAUCUGCAUUUUCCCCUGCUGGCUGGCUGCAGCACAUGUUGUAAACCCUGCCUGUGUUUAUGUUUCUGAUGAGUGUGGUUAUUUGAUGCUGUAUGAGUGGGGUGAAAUAUCACAAUUGACAGCUGACACUGACUUGUUAUCAAUCCAGUGUGUGUUGGCGAUUUAAAGUCUGCAUCCAAACGAUGUCACCACCACAAGAUGGCAGCACCUGUAUCCCGGAUAUUUAGGCUUCAGGUUUGUAUAGUUAGAGAAGCAUCAUCCAUCUUUACUUUCAGACAGUGGUGUUAUCACAUGAUGCAGUUAUUUUAGCCCGAUCAGUCAAAAUCUGGUAAUACUACCAUCAAUUUUAUUUGUAUGCUGUAAACUUGUCAGUUAAUUAAACAUUUUUUGCUAGUACCCACAGUA